AUGGAUCUCUCCGAAGAGCUGAUCAUUCCCUUCCAGGAGCAGAUUGUCGGCUUCGCGAGGGAACGGGUGGACACCAAGGGAUAUGUGGACCUCUGCACACGGUUAGGAACGGGGAGGGAUAGUGACGAGAAGAAGGUUCGGUACCUACUGGUAGACGCCAACACUUCGUACAACGUUUUGUUGGGGCGACCCUGCCUUAAUUCGUUCGGCGCCAUCGUAUCCACACCCCACUUAACCCUGAAAUAUCCUAAUGAGAGAAAGAGAAUUAUAAUUGUGCGGGCCGACCAGAAAACGACAAGAGAGUGCUAUGCCGCGGGUUUGCGGAUGUAUCGUCGGGUCCCGAGGGCGAAGAUACCCCGGUCGGAGGUGGCCAUGGUCGAUCUGGACCCACGAGUGGGUACGGAGGAUCGUCUAGAGCCGCACAAAAGGGUGCAGUCAGCCAAGCUAGGGCCGAGGGAGGACCACGUCACUACGAUGGCGGGGGGCCUAGAUCUUGUUACCGAAGAGGGCCUGAGGAGGAUACUGUGGUGGAACAGAGACCUGUUCGCCUGGACAGCGGCUGACAUGCCAGGGAUACACCCUUCCAUCAUGACGCAUCGCCUAGCCCUCUUUAGGGAGGCGCGACCGGUGGCGCAGAAGAAACGCCGAAUGGGCGCUGAGAAGGCACGGGUGGUAGAGGAGGAAGUGAAAAAACUAAAGGAAGUUGGGUUCAUCCGAGAAGUGACGUACACCACUUGGCUUGCCAACGUGGAAAUGGUAAAGAAAUCCAGUGGGAAGUGGAGAAUGUGUACUGAUUACACGGACCUGAACAAGGCUUGCCCCAAAGAUUCCCAUCCACUCCCGAACAUCGACAACUUGGUGGACGAAGCAUCCGGCCAUCGAAUGCUCAGUUUCUUGGAUGCCUAUUCAGGGUACAACCAGAUACCCAUGCAUGAAGCUGACCGUGAGAAGACGACGUUUAUCACCAAUAGAGGGAAUUACUGUUAUGAUGUCAUGUCGUUCGGGCUAAAAAACGUUGGCGCCACAUACCAACGGCUGAUGGAUAAGAUUUUCGCGGACUAG